CACCUGGACUAGAUAGAGGAAGCGAAAGGCGAGAGAGCGGGAAGUAUAAAAGCGUUCGAAAAUUUUAUCCAAAAAAAUCCCCCCAAAAAAAUCUACACACACUCACACAGUAGCAAAUAGUACCAGUAAGCAGCAGCAGCAGCAGUAGCUGAAGGAGAAAAUCAAUCGAAGAUGGAGGCCGAGAAAACUCCGGAUAAGAGCAACCAGGACGACGUCGUCGCCAUCGAACUCCCGGCUCCUUCUGGCUGGACUAAAAAGUUCACUCCAAAGCCGAGGAAGAGUGAGGUAGUUUUCAUCUCACCCACCGGGGAAGAAAUUAAGAGCAAGAAGCAACUGGAGCAAUAUCUCAAGUCUCAUGCUGGAGGCCCUUCUAUCUUGGAAUUUGACUGGGGAACAGGUGACACCCCUAGACGUUCUGCUCGGUUGAGUGAAAAAUCGAAGGCAACAGAGUCUCCUGGGAGUGGGACUCCUAAGAAAAAGCAGAAGUCCAGUUCAAAGAAGGGAGCUGAGACAAAAGAUGCAAAUGAAGAAGGUGAAACUGUUGAUAAGCAUGAAGAUGUUGGAGAAGUUAAAGAAAGUGCAGAAGUUGGGGCAGAUGCAAAGGUUGCCGGAGAAGAUGAUGGAGAGGUUAUCACUGGCGAGGCUUCUCCUGACAAAGAUGAGACUAAGGAAGCUGAACAAAAAGCGGAUGCUGAGAUGGUGACCAAGGAACAGGAACAAGGUGAAGAUAAGGUGGCAGAACUGAAAGGUGAGGAAAAUACUGUGAACGUAAACAUGGAUGAAGGGGAGAACCAGGAAGCUGCAAACAUUUCUUCUGCUGGAAAAGAUGAAGAUGCUGAGAGUAAACAACUGGCGUCAAAAGGGCUCGAGGACUCUAACAAGGAAGCUGAAAGUGCAACUAGUGAGCCCAAGGUUCCAUCACAAUCAAUGCCCAGUGAGAAUCCAUCCGUGCAGGAGUCAGAUUUAGGAGGAGAUUCAACAUCUAAGGUUUCUGAUACCAAGGUGGAGGAACCUACUGGUGGCAGUGUCGAACUGAAGGACCAAUCCAAUGCAGAGGCUCCUGUUGGGAAGGUUGCAAUGGAAGAAGCAGCUGCUGCAAGUAAUGACAAUUCAAAGAAAGAUGAAGCUGUUGUAUCGAUGGAAGAAGCUAGCGCAGCAAAUCAAGGAUUUUCAAAUUGAACUACUUUGGGUCAUUAUAUAGCUUCAUUCCUACAAUUUUUUUGUUGUGACAAGUAGAUCUGACAAAUCCAUCAUUGUCUGUAAUACCAGUUGGAUGUCUACCAGCAAUUGGCUGAUGUUCAUGUAUGUAGAAUGUGUCUCAGUUCUGUAACAUGAAUUAUGUAGAAUGUGUCUCAGUUCUGUAACAUGAAUUUACUAACUGGAUUUUCUGCACCAUUCCCUGACAUAAAAGUAGUCUUAUGUGUAAGUGCAAAUUAGUAUUAGCGCCCCUCUCUCUGGGGCAAGCCCUUUGGCGUUUUGUGUUGAUA